AUGGCUCAGUCGAUGGUUUGUCAUGUUAUGUUAGUUGUGAUAUUCAUACUGGUGGCUCUUGCUGAGGCACAAACUCCACCAGGAAUUAACAACCCUAGCCAUGCAACUUGUAAGGACCCGAGUUACAAAGAAUGUCAUAACUUGGUGCAUGUUUGUCCUAAGUUUUGUCCAGAUAGCUGCACUGUUAAUUGUCAAUCAUGCAAACCUGUUUGUGGUGGCGACAGUGCACCAUCACCACCAGAGAUAGAACCACCUCCCACUGUUACUCCAUCGCCGCCGGUGUACACACCUCCAACACCAACACCAUCGUCACCACCUCCCACCACACCUUCACCACCAACAGAGUCCACACCUCCAACGCCAACACCAUCUCCCACCACCUCAUCACCAUCAGAGGAAUCCACACCUCCAACUCCAAUACCAUCCUCACCACCUUCAACCACCCCUGCACCACCAACAUCAUCCUCACUUGCACCUCCUACAUGGUCUACUCCACCCUCGAAACCAAAGAAAGUCAAAUGCAAAAACCAGAAUUAUCCAACAUGUUAUGCCUCCGAGCAUGUCUGCCCUGCUUCUUGUCCUGGUCAAUGUGAAGUUGAUUGUGUUUCUUGCAAGCCAGUUUGCAAUUGCGAUAUGCCUGGAGCAGUGUGUCAAGACCCUCGUUUCAUUGGAGGUGACGGCAUCACUUUCUACUUCCAUGGAAAGAAGGAUCAAGAUUUCUGCCUUGUUGCCGAUGACAACCUCCACAUCAAUGGCCACUUCAUUGGGAAGAGAAACAAAAACAUGGGCAGAGACUUUACUUGGGUCCAAUCUAUUGGGAUUCUUUUCGACAACCACAAAGUACAAAUCAGUGCUCAAAAGACAUCUUCUUGGGAUGACACCAUUGACCGUAUCUAUAUUACAUUUGACGGGGAAAACAUAUUUAUCCCAAAAAGCGAAGGUGCCAAAUGGCAAUCUUUUACGACAUCAAUCACUAGGAUUCAUGACACCAACCAUAUCGUUGUUGAAGUUGAAAACCUCUUCAGGAUCACAGCCAAAGUGGUUCCAAUAACAAAAGAAGAAUCAAGAAUCCAUAACUAUGACAUAACCAGUGACGAUUGCUUUGCUCAUCUUGAUCUCAAGUUCAAGUUCUUCUCCCUAAGUAACGAAGUGGACGGAGUUCUGGGACAGACAUAUAGGAAUGGCUAUGUGAGCAAGGUGAAGAUGGGGGUGUUAAUGCCUGUGAUGGGAGGAGAUAGUAAGUUUGUGAGUACAGAUUCACUUGCGACAGAUUGUUCUGUUGCUAAGUUUAAGGGUAGCCAGGAAGAUAGUUCCUCACUGAACUUACAGCUGCCAAGCUUGAGAUGCCAAAGUGGUUUAGAAGGGCGUGGCGUCGUAUGCAAGAGAUAG